AUGACUGCACGAAAGGUUACCAAACUGCCUGAAGUGCCUCCAUCAAAAACAAAGUUUCGACAAGAAAACUUAGAACUCUUUCUCCAAAACCACUGCCCGAUUGACGACACACAACUGGCACUUUCCAAGGAAAACGGCUAUGCUCACUUGUUACGUCGUGAAGAAGUUUGCAAGCCAGUUGUAAACCGCGAAUACGUGGAUAUUCAGGGUACGGCCGUAACGGUAGACGAGUUCUACCAGUUAGGUAUCCAACACAACUCUUCUCGUUCUGAUGAGCCAGAUGAAGUCUAUCUAUUUGACUUCGUGGACACUUUUUCUGUAUCGUAUCCUGUUAAUCUUAGCUGUAUGGACUCACAACUCCUCGAAAAUUUACCCCCCUUCUUCCACGGUCCACUCUAUGAACAAAGUCUCUCAACUAUAGCUUCUAGUGUUCUUCAAGAACUUGCGUCUCGACUUGAGUCCUGGAUGGAUGCUCUUGAUGAGCACGAACAGGCGGACUUUAUUUCGCGUCACUUGGCGGCCUAUGAUGAACUAACAGUCCUUCGGCGGCAGUUCUUCACCCUCCUUAAACACCUAAUCCCAAACAUUGAUUUGAGUGACACCUUCGAUCCCACGUCGGCCGAUUUGGACCGGCUACUUUUGAGGAUAAUCAGCGAACUCACCAGUUCAGGUAGGAUUAAAAGACAGCCGGACCAGCUAAUGCGAUUGCCCCUUGUCUCCCUGUGUCCUGAACCCGGACACUGUGUGGAAAUGCUGAGGCAGCGAAUUUUUACUGUACUCCAGUUGCUCCUUCCCCAAUUAAAACUACCAGCAACUUUUGACCUAGCCAGAGAUUUACCCGAUCUUAUCAAUGCAAUUUAUUCAUACAAUACACGAAAUUUUUGA